UUGAAAAUCAAAAUAUCUUAAUAGCUUAAUUGCUAACAUGUGACAAAUUAAAUUGGAAUCGUGAUGGAAACAAACAAAAUAACCAAUCAUGAUAAAACCGAACAAAGUCGUAUUGAUGAAUUCAAAAUUGAUUGUGAUGUUGUAAGUAUCGGUAUUGUUGAAUCAAUAUUCAAUCGAAAAAAUGGUACACCACGUCAAUCGGGAAUCUGUCCACAAAGUAAAGGCAUUAUUCGUAUAAAUAAAAAAUUAUUCAAUAAUCCUUCACAUCCAUUGAUUGGUAUUGAAAAAUUUUCAUAUUUAUGGAUAAUUUUCUAUUUUCAUGAAAAUAAAAACAAACGUCGUUUUAUUGCCAAAAUACAUCCACCCAGAUUGAAUGGUUCAAGUUGUGGUGUGUUUGCAUCACGUUCACCACAUCGACCUAAUCCGUUUGGUUUGACUAUUGUAAAAUUGGAUCGAGUCGAAGAUGGUUGUUUAUACAUAUCUGGUUUGGAUAUGAUUAAUGAUACUCCUGUUAUUGAUAUUAAACCAUUCAUUGUUAAAUAUGAUUAUCCAUACGAUUCCAUGAUAUCGAAUCAAAUCAAUCCUAAUAUUGAACCAGAUGAAAAAACUGAUGAUGUUCAAAUCUUUUCUGAACAGAAUCAAAUGAUUCCUGAAGAAAAGACUAAAAAUCUAGAUUGGAUAGAUGGUGAAAUUGUUCAUGAAGUUCAAGUCGAUUUUACUGUACGAAGUUUGCAACAAUUAUCUUCUUUUCAUUCUCAAUCAUUUCAUAUGGAUAAUUCUUCUAAAUGUAAUCAUUGUUUUCGUUUAUUCAACAAUGAACAUGAUGCAAAAGAAGCAAUCAUAAAUCUAUUAAAAGCCGAUCCAAGAUCAGUUUAUCGAAGAAAAAAAUGUGUUGAUCGUUUAUAUUAUUUUACUAUAGAUUCUAUACAUAUUACCGCUUGGUUUGACAUUGAAACGGAUAUAGUCGAAGUGAUCAAAAUUAAACCAUGGAAUCCAGAAAAAAAAUAAAAUAUGUUGAAUUAAAAAAAAUUGUCAAUUAUAUUUAUUUUCUUCAAGAAUAUAUUAUUUUUUAUACAAAUAUUUCUAUAUUU